GGCACGCGCGGGCGAGACGCGCACGCGCCGUAGGCAGGGGCAGGUGACGGAGCAGCGGUAGGAGCGCGCCGCGAUGGUGUACAUAUCUAACGGACAAGUUUUGGAUAACCGGAGCCGGGCUCCUUGGAGCUUCUCAUCCAUAACAGAUUUCUUCUGGUCGAUAGCAGACUUUGUAGUUAUGUUCUUCCAGAGCAUUAUUCAACCAGAUUUGAGGAGAAGAGGCUACACAUCCUCCUCCUACUUAGGACAGAGCGAUGGAAGAGGGCCUCCAGGAAAUCCUCGCCGAAGAAUGGGAAGAAUAAAUCACUGGGGUGGAGGCCCUAGUCCACCACCAAUGGCUGGAGGUGGAUGAGGAAGGUAA